ACAUCCAAUUUACGAGUUUAUGUAGUUGAAGGCCUUUUACCUGGAAACGCUUCGAGGAACCAUCAAACAAACACAUUCAAACCAACACACACAAUCCUGAGGAGACAAGAAAGAAAGAAAGAAGCAUCGACUUAUUGAAAAACAGGACGAAAAAAGAAAAAAAAAGAACAAGAUGAGAAUCAAGUUGCCGACGACGACCAGCUCGAUCCUCUCGAUCCUCUCGAAACUCAUCCCGCCAUUUCUGUACCCCUCUUUGCGAAUCCUUCUGAUCAGGACUCUGCAGCUGGGCCCGUUGCCCAAUCAUGUGGGCUUUAUCAUGGAUGGCAAUCGCAGGUUCAGUCGGUCGGUCGGACUGCCUGUUGAGGACGGCCAUCGUGCGGGAUUCGAGGCUUUGAAAAGAAUCUUAGAAUUAUUGCUGAGAUUGGAAGUGCCCAACGUAACAGUGUAUGCAUUUGCGAUCGGAAAUUUCAAAAGAUCGGCGGAAGAAGUCAACAAAUUAAUGGAUUUAGCACGGACUAAACUCGUCCAAAUAUGCGAAAAAGGACAGUUGUUAGAUCGAUAUGGUAUCCGAGUCGUCGUUAUUGGACGGAAAGAUCUGUUACCUCCAGACAUCAAGGAGUCAGUUUGUAAGGUAGAAGAAAUGACGAUCAAUAAUAAAAGGGGAUGUUUGAAUGUCGCCUUCCCCUAUUCAUCACAAGAAGAAAUGGCGAGUGCGAUUUACAAGACAGCGCAAGAUUCGAUCAGCGACCAAACGCCCACCUCGUUAAUAGAUAUCGACACGAUCGACAAGAACCUGUACACCUCACACAGUCCUCCACUAGACAUCCUGAUCCGGACCUCGGGGGUCUCGCGCCUCUCGGAUUUUCUACUGUGGCAAACGACGCUCAACUCGAGCGAAUACGAACCGUCGUCGACGACGACAGCAGCAGAUCCGACGGAGAAUCUGAUCUCUCCAAUCGAGCCAGAGCAGCAUAAAAGGGAGGAAGGCAUGGGAGUGGCUCGGGUCCGGAAUACCACCAAAGGUCCCUCGGUCCAUUUCGUGCCCAAGUUUUGGCCCGACUUUGGGAUCCUCGAUGUGUUGCCCAUCUUGCUCGGGUGGCAGGCCGAGGAAAUCUUCCUGCGCUUCGCUCCCUUCUUUCAUUGAUCAACCUUCAUCUUCAUUUGCCCCAUCACCAAUACCCUUCUUUUGAUCCAAGCUCUUCAUUUUUUUUUUCUUUGUUCAUUAGAAUUUGGGUUGGGCAGGUUCUGGUCUCAAGCGGAAUGGAAUUCGAGUCUUUUCUUCGAUCAGUCUCAGUCCCUUAUUGACCCACAAAAGCCGGUCGAAUAUCCUUAUGCAACUUCCCUAAAACAACCUUCUUGUUUUUUUUCUGGGAUUCUUGUGAAUAAUUCUGGUCAAAUCAGACCCAAAAAUUUGCACAAUCCAAAGAGACAAUAUGGUUUUCAGAUGAGAUCCAUCAUUUUUCUUGUUUUUUUGUUUUGAUAGUUGAAAAAGGUGCCAACAUCUGUAUUCAUAAUCCUCAUCAUUGAUCUCAUGUUUUUGAUUUGUUUUCUUCAUUUGCGCAUAUCAAUCAAUUCGAAGUAAUGUAUCAUUUCAAUGGCUAUCUUGAUGUAUCUAAUUUGGGUG